AUCUGUGUCACAUCUUACAUAAGGCCAGCACUGGAAGCUUUCACAGCCGACAUGAACUACGAUCGGUUUUUCAGCGAUCUCGGUCGAUCUCGCCAGCCCUCGUUUCUACGACAGCUCUAUGAAGAUGGUACGGCUGCUCAGAAGGAGCCUAUGGAUCAUCUGAUAUCUCUGUCUGGGGGAAUCCCCUCAGCCGAUACCUUUCCUGUCAAAACCAUCUCGUUUGAACUCAGUGACGGAAAGACGGUGACCCUGGAUGAGAAGACAACCGCCAAGUGCCUACAGUAUGGGAAAUCCACCGGGAUAGAAGAUUUACUGGGAUGGCUGGAAAGGAUACUAGUGAAGUUUCACAACCCCAAACUUCUGCACCCGCAGACAACGCCCUCUAACGGCAGCCGGACGAAAAUUGUGAUGACCAAUGGAUGUCAGGACGCCAUAUCAAAGUUGUUUGGGGCUCUCUGCUCUAAAGGAGAUACAGUGUUGAUAGAGGAGAGUGUAUACGCAGGCUGCCUAGCUGCUCUUAGGCCACACGGCGUCAGAAUGCAAACGGUCAAAUCUACUCAGGGAGGUAUAGACGUAGAAGAUCUGGAGAGAGUCUUGAGCAAAUGGUCUCCCAAAGACGUCCAGAAUGAGACGAGCGACAGUCCUAAGUUGAUGUACGUCGUCCCCACGGGCAGUAACCCCACUGGCCAGAAUCUAUCCCUGGAGAGUAAGCGGAAAAUAUACAGUCUGGCCCAGAAGUACGACUUUCUAAUCAUGGAAGACGACCCCUACUACUUUCAUAAUUUUGAGGAGACGGCCCCGCCGAGUUUCCUCUCCUUGGACACAGAUGGCAGGGUAAUACGACUGGAUUCAUUCUCCAAGAUUAUCUCCCCUGGGAUGAGACUUGGUUUUGUCAGCGGACCGGAAGCCAUUCUGAACGUUCUGCUUUAUGACAUACAGUCCUCAGGUGUCCAUGGUAACCAUCUGUCUCAGAUGAUGGUACUCGGGCUCAUGGAGAACUGGGGAAUGGAAGGUUUUCAAAAGCACGUGGAAAAGCUCUGUAAAACCUACAAGAAUAGGAGAGAUAUGUGUGUCCGAGCAGCUGAAACUCAUCUUAAGGAUCUCGCAGAGUGGAGUGUUCCAUCCGGCGGAUUCUUCCUUUGGUUGAAACUGAAGGGUAUUAAGGACAGCAACAGUUUUAUCCGGGGUAAAGUAAUCCCCAAGGGCGUGAUCUGUGCUCCAGGCUGUGGAUUCCACGCGGAAAAUGACCCUGUGUCUUCUUACGUCCGGAUAUCAUACUCCAGUGUUACGGAGAAGGAAAUGAAUACGGCUUUAUACCGUCUUGCCGAGGCUAUUCGAGAAGAACUAGAUACUAACAAAGAGGGCUGAAAACAGAAGAUAUCGAUAUGGAUAUGACGACCAUAACGGAUUCAUUACAUACGCUUAGAGCUAUAUAUCAUAGGCUUACAGCUAAAUCACAUAGGCUUACAGCUAAAUCCUAUACGCUUACAGCUAAAUCAUAUACGCUUGCAGCUAAAUCACAUAGGUUUACAGCUAAAUCACAUAGGCUGUAAGUCACAAACGCUUGCAGCUAAGUAACAUAGGCUCACAGCUAAAUCUCAAAGGUUUACAACUAAAUCGCAUAGGUUUCAUACAGCUAAAUCACAUAGGCUUAUAGCUACAUCACAUAGGCUUACAGCUAAAUCUCAAAGGCUUACAGCUAAAUCACAGAAGCUUUACACAGCUAAAGCAUAUAGGCUUAGAGCUAAAUUACAUACGCUUACAGCCAAGUCACUUGCCCUUCCUUCUUUGAAAUAAAUAGAGAUUUCCAAAUAGCACAGCUCCAAUGUGAACCACUGUAACAUAGUUGUGUUUAAAGUCUUUUAAACCAAAAUAAGUACGUGUAGACGUUUCAUUAAUGUUUUCCCACCAAGUCUGUUUCAGUUUUAGUCAGUUCACUUUAUAUGUUAACUACACCAAGAGGAGUAUAAAAAUGUUUUUUUUUGUGGCAUACGGGGGACCAUUUUCAUGGAAUUUGUUCAAGACCAUAUAUUAAUGUAGUCAAAACAAACAAAAGAGCUUUGAUAUACUCUCCAUAGAGGAAUCAAUAAAACAGGAUUGCUGUAUCAGCACGAGAUUUUAUGAGUUAGUGAUUUUAUUGUGUGACUUGGCAGACAGGGAAUCUCGUCGUGUAUAUAUCUUGUUGCUUUGCUAAGAAUUUUCUCAACGAAAUUACGUUAGUAAUUUUUAUGACGGAACAAUUUGCUGCACUGAGCAGGAAUCGACCACAUCCGAGCAGACGCUCUCUUCAUGCGCAAAUCUUUAAAUUUCAACAGUUUAUGAGUUUAUAUAUUUACUUAUAUAAAGAGUGAAUGUAUUUAUUUAUUUAUUUGACUGCUGCAUGUACCUUGCCUGCACAAGAAUUUUUCACUUAUAUACAAGAUGGCGGUCAGUUUUACGGAUGGGAGAAACUGGGGAGCUUGGUGUAAACAUUUUCUACGUGUUUGAACAAUACAAUAUGUUAAAUGCUGUAAAAUGCUUGCAAGCUGUAAAAUACUGUUGACUAUAACAUUUAUAAUGCCUUAGACGACAGCUAAAAGUGUUUAUUUAACAUAAAAUGGUGUUCAGUGUAAUGUUAGGUUAAAAUGUAAAAAGUGGUAACCUAACAUUUCAAGUGUUUUCCCUCCUCCUCCACCGUACCGUAACCUAAUAUCACAAGUGUUUCCCUCCUCUGCCACUGUAAUCUAACAUUACAAGUGUUUUGCCAUCCUCCUUCACGGUAACCUAACAUUACAAGUGUUUUCCCUCCUCCUCCACGUUAAUCCAGCAUUACAAGUGUUUUGCCAUCCUCCUUCACGGUAACCUAACAUUACAAGUGUUUUCCUUCCUCUGCAACUGUUUCCUCCUCUGCCCCUGUAACCUAACAUUACAAGUGUUUUCCCUCCUCCUCCACGGUAAUCCAACAUUACAAGUUUUUGCCAUCCCCCUCCACGGUAACCUAACAUUACAAGUGUGCUUUGUCAUCCUCCUCCACGGUAACCUAACAUUACAAGUGCUUUCCCAUCUCCGCCACUGUAACCUAAUAUUACAAGUGUUUUCCCUCCUCUGCCACUGUAAUCUAACAUUACAAGUGCUUUCCCAUCUCCGCCACUGUAAUCUGACAUUACAACUGUUUUCCCAUCCUUCACCACUGUAAUCUGACAUUACAAGUGUUUUCCCUCCUCCGCCACUGUAAUCUAACAUUACAAGUGCUUUCCCAUCUCCGCCACUGUAAUCUGACAUUACAACUGUUUUCCCAUCCUUCACCACUGUAAUCUGACAUUACAACUGUUUUCCCAUCCUUCACCACUGUAAUCUGACAUUACAAGUGCUUUCCCAUCUCCGCCACUGUAAUCUGACAUUACAACUGUUUUCCCAUCCUUCACCACUGUAAUCUGACAUUACAAGUGUUUUUCAUCCUCCGUCACUGUAACCUAAUAUUACAAGUGUUUUUCCUCCUCUGCCACUGGAACCUAACAUUACAAGUGUUUUCCCUCCUCCGCCACGGGAACCUAACAGUAUAAGUGUUUUCCCGCAUCUACCACGGUAACCUAACGUUACAAGUGUUUGUCCAUCCCCCACCACUGUAACCUAACACUACAACUGCUUUCUCUCCUCCGCCAUUGUAACCUAACAUUACAAGUGUUUUUCAUUCUCCGCCAUUGGAACCUAACAUUACAGGUGUUUUCCCUCCUCCGCCACUGUAAUCUAACAUUACAAGUGUUUUGCCAUCCUCCUCCACUGGAACCUAACAUGACAAAUGUUUUCCAUCCUCCACCACGGUAACCUAACACUACAAGUGUUUUCCCUCCUCCGCCACCGCCAAAAAUGUUGGAUUUAACAUCAUUAAUGUAACAUAAAACAUUUCAAUUCUUAGAGGGAAUUUUUGAGCAUUGUAUAUACAUAAAUGGUGUUGUUUAGAGAUUUACACUACAGUAGGAAGGAGAUGCUGAUAAUUAGUAUCUUUGCUACAAUGAUCCUAUAUACAGUAUGUAAUGUAAGGUGGACUUUAAAAAUAGUAAUUGCUGCUGCCUCGCUUGGCGCUUAGCACUGAGAAGGUAGAGCAAAGAAACAGGACUGGUUGUCCCGGUGUCAGUAUAAUAUUAUGUCAUGUCUGGUGUGUUCGGCAUGGUAGUUCAGUGGCAGUAUGCACUCUCCCUGCCGCAUACACUCUCCCUGCCGCAUGCACUCUCCCUGCCGCGAGAAGACACAGUAUAUUUAUACACACCCAAUUUAUUUAUUUAUUUAUUUGAUUGGUGUUUUACGCCGUACUCAAGAAUAUUUCACUUAUACGACGGUGGCUAUACACACCCAAUGAUUCCUCUUUGGUAUUUGACUGUAAAGUGGUUAAGUGCAACUUAAAAAUCCCAAGCAUACAUACACAGACAUAUAUACAUACACUCUUCAUACGAGGAUUUAAAUUAAUCCAAAACCCUGACACACACUUGGCGAACGAAAAAAAUGAUUCCACACAUGAAGGGCUUGUGCCAGAUAGCUACUACCUCAUGCUGUCUUUUCUAAGAC